UACAAAUAACGUUACGGUACCGUUUUUACCGGCUUUACCGGCUAGUUGCCGCUCAGCUCCAUUUUCGUUCAUUUUCCCGCCCGCAGUGGUCGAUCGAAGCAGUUGCAGUUUAGUUGAAAAAUUAUUCGCUUGUGUAAGACAAUUAACGAUUUAAAACAAGAUGAGCGGCAGAGGUAAAGGUGGCAAAGUAAAAGGAAAGGCGAAAUCCAGGUCAAACCGUGCGGGGCUGCAGUUUCCCGUAGGGAGGAUCCACCGUUUGCUCCGCAAGGGUAAUUAUGCAGAACGAGUUGGUGCUGGGGCUCCCGUAUAUUUAGCUGCCGUAAUGGAGUAUUUAGCCGCCGAAGUGUUGGAAUUGGCCGGAAACGCCGCGCGUGAUAACAAGAAGACAAGAAUUAUUCCUCGCCAUCUGCAGCUGGCAAUUCGUAACGACGAAGAAUUGAACAAAUUGUUAUCAGGAGUCACCAUUGCCCAAGGAGGAGUGCUUCCUAAUAUUCAAGCGGUUCUGCUGCCGAAAAAGACAGGCAAUGCCCCAACUGGAGGAAAGUCUGGCAAGUCUCAGUCGCAGGACUAUUAAUUUUUUAAAAUUGUUUGCUAUGUAAUGUUAGUUAUUAAUAAACUUGGUUCAUUUUUUUAAACAGUA